AUGUUGCAGGCGCGGAGGUUGGAGGGUUUGGUAUCGAGUAUGAGCGUACGCGGAGAAUUAAUAUCUUCAGGUCAGGUGACAGUGCCGGGAGAGCAACGCUACGAGGUGCCAGUGCCACUUGACCUCCCCGCCCCCUCCUCCCCCCCCUCCCCCCUGUACAAGGUCAGCCUCGACCAAUCCGGCGACUUCACCAUCAAGGUCACGAGAAACGACAGCAACAAGGUCAUCUUCGACACCAGCACCGGAGGAUUCACCUUCGCCGAGCAGUUCCUUCAAGUGUCAACCCGACUUCCUUCGAGGAAUCUGUACGGCCUCGGGGAGCACGCGCACGAGACCUUCAGGCACAAUCUGGCUUAUAAGACGUGGCCCAUGUUCGCCAGGGAUCAGCCGCCUGGAAAUGUUGGCGAGAAUUUGUACGGCGUCCAUCCAAUGUACUUGGUUGUCGAGGAGGAUGGAACGAGCCACGCUGUCCUUUGGCUCAACAGCAAUGCUAUGGAGGCUGAGACGAUGCCCUUGCCUGGUCUGACCUUACGCUCCAUCGGGGGCAUAAUUGACCUGUUUUUCUUCCUCGGUCCGAGCCCAGAGCAGGUCGUGGCGCAAUACACGGGCGUGAUUGGUCGCCCGUUCCUGCCUCCCUAUUGGUCACUUGGAUUCCAACUUUGCAGAUACGGUUAUAAUUCUCUCGAAAAUCUUGCAUCGGCUGUGUCUCGUACCCGGCGCCACGGAAUUCCUCAGGACGUGCAAUAUGCUGACAUCGACCACAUGGAUCGACGCCUUGACUUCACGUACGAUAAAGAAAACUUCGCCGAACUUCCUGAGUACAUCCGCCGGGCGAAGAACGAGGGACUUCGGUUCAUCGUCAUUCUCGAUCCUGCCAUCAAUGCUGAGUUGCCAGCGGGAGACUACCCUGUGCACGAAGCAGGUGUUGCCAAUGACGUAUACAUCACGUGGCCGGAAGGACAGGCCCCGGAUGAGAAUUUCGGGGCCGGUGACGUCAUGCUGGGAUACGUAUGGCCAGAUAACAGAACGGCUUUUCCCGACUUCUUCCGCGAGAAAACGAAGGAAUGGUGGAAGGAACAGAUCGUCGACUUCCACAAAAUACUGGAAUUUGAUGGGCUGUGGAUCGACAUGAACGAGCCGGCCAACUUCGGCACGAACGAGGAGCGUCCGUGGAACUGGCCUGAGGAUCGUCCGGGGAACUGGAGCCUCACCUGCCCCCCCUCCCAAUGGGACGACCCCCCCUACGUCACCGCCGCCGCUUCCGUUUGGGGGGAAGAUAAGAGACUCUCGGACAAGACCCUGUGCAUGGUGGCCAGGCAGGGCGACCACCGGGAACUGCGGCAUUAUGACGUCCACAACCUGUACGGAUGGUCGGAGACGCUCCCCACACUCGAAGCACUCCAGGCAGCCACGGGCAAGAGGGGCAUCGUGGUGACCCGCUCGACGUUCCCGGGCAGCGGCAGAUGGGCGGGGCACUGGCUUGGGGACAACAGGGCCAGCUGGAGGCACCUCGGAGACUCUAUCACGGGGAUGCUGGAAUUCAACCUCUUCGGGAUACCCUACGUUGGUGCGGAUAUCUGCGGAUUUUUCGACAACGCCGAGGAGGAGAUGUGCGGGCGGUGGAUGGAGCUGGGCGCCUUUUACCCCUACAGUCGGAACCACAACACACUGGGCGCGAUCGACCAUGAUCCCGGCUUGUGGCCUAGCGUAGCGGAAUCUAGCAGAAAGGCGCUAAGAAUCCGCUACACUCUGCUGCCGUACCUUUACACGCUACAUUUCCUCGCCGCUACGAAGGGUUCUACUGUUGUGAGGCCGCUGUUCUUCGAGUUUCCAAAUAUUGUCGACACGUGGGAUAUAGACGACCAGUUCCUGUGGGGAUCCUGGCUCAUGGUUGCUCCAGUUAUCCGUCAAGGAAUGACGUCGAGAAGAGUAUAUUUCCCCCGAGGUAUCUGGUAUGAUUAUUAUCAAGGGGCUGUGUUCAACCAGACGCACGGGACAGAGAGGCCUGUGUUGGCUCCUCGGUCCCACGUCCCUCUGUUCGUGCGCGGCGGCGGGGUCCUGGUCACUCAGCGGCCGCGAGACAACACAGCGCAUUCGAGGAAGGAGCCCCUGGGAUUGAUCGUCGCUCCGGAUUGGUCGAAGGAAGCAUCCGGGACCUUCUUCUGGGACGACGGAGAGGCAAUAGGACACCCUCACCUCCACCAUCGUCCAGAACGUGAAGGGCAGCCUCGGUGGCCUGAAGCUCCGAGACUUCGAAUUCCUCGGGGUCGAGCAGAAGCCGAAGCACGUGGCCCUCGACGGCACCGACCUCCCCGAAGCCGCCUGGUCUACGACGCCGAGAACAUGAAGCUUCGGGUGAGCGCGGAGGUCGACCUCAACACGGCCUUUGCGAUGAAGCUCGGGAAUAUCUGGCGGUAUAAGGUUGAUAUGGAGUGAUGGGUUGGGGGGUAGGGG